AUGCCACCCACAAAACAAGAACUCUCCCUCCUCAUCAACCCUCUCGUCCCCGAAUCCCUCCAACACAACAACAGGACACUAUCCUCCCUCCACUCCCUCACCUCCUUCCUCCUGGGUCUCACAGCCGGAAUCCUCUCCCUCCAAUCCGCCACGGGAUUCCUCUUCUACCUCCUGGGAACGGUCUUCGUGUCCGCGCUGUUCCACGCCCUGUUACUCUAUCGCUCGGGGGGGCUCGGCGCGGGGAUGUAUUUUGCUGGGGCGAAUGGGGAAAUCGAGGGUAUGGAUGAAAGGGGCGUCGUCGGUGGUGGUGGUACUAAGGGUGGGGGGAUGAUGAGACGUGCGGCUUGGAGGGAUGUUUGGUUUGGGGGUGGGGUGUUGGGGGAGGCGCUUAGUGGGUUUGUGCUUGGGUGGGCGGGUGUUGGGGGGGUUUUGAGGUGA